UAGUACUCACAAAUAAUUAUGAAAGUGAUUAAUUGGUCAAUCAUAUUUUCCUUUAGACCUGCAGACAGACUUUUCAAAAUGUGACAAAUUUUAUUUUUAGGACUAUCUUGAAGAUUAAUGAAGUUUUUUACCUUAGAAAAACUGUGCUGCAACCCCAGAGGGAAAAUGUUAACAAAUUCUAUUUUUAGAUCACGGGUAUUCUUUCGCAUUUACAAAAACACAGCCAAAUAUGUGCUGCGCUGUGCAUACAUAUCUAGCUGCGCCAAGCUUCGUGCAUUUCCUGUGACCUCCACAGCCGUUCUUCCGCAGUACACUGCAAGUGCUGAUUCCAACACAGUUUCUCCAGAAGUUUGAUUACAGUUUUGUCAAAAAGAGUACAAUUGAAUAAAUCGCUUUUCCUCUAUAAUAAAUAAAUAGAUACGGCAACAAAGCAUUCCUUAGUUCGAGAGAAAAGCAUCGGAAUAAGAGAGCCAUCAUGGUGAAAAAGCUGGAAGACAUGUGUCUGCAGUGCAUUGGGCAAAACCUGAACAGCAUUAGUCAAGUUGGCCGUUUGCUGACAACCAAACACAAGGAGCUCCUCCUGCAGAGGCUGGUGGACCACGACAUGCUGACCCCAGAGUACCUGCCACAUGUGACCUACCACCUGUUCUCACCGGCGCUACGCUCGGUGAGGUUCAAGGGAUGUGAGCAGGUCACAGAUGCCGUGCUGAUGCAGUUGAAUGCCUGUAAAUGCCAGUUAGAAUCACUGUACAUUGCUUACUGUGAUAAUGUCACUGAUGUUGGUCUUCACACCUUCUUCAGCAAACAAACAUCCUUGAAGAAUCUGACCCUGAAGAAACUGCCACAAGUCACAUGCAAAGCACUAGAGGCUGUGUGCUGUCCAGACACACUUGUUGAGGUUAAAGUUCACUGCAGUAACAUCAGCAAUAGAGGUAUCCAAAACCUUGUGACUAAGAACCCAAAGAUACGUAAGCUAGCAUUUGGGACUUCAACACUCAAAGUCUCAGAUGAAGUCGUGCCUGUUUGUGCUUCAGCACUUGGCAGCAACUUGAUUGAUCUGAACAUUUCUGAUGUAAACACUCUGAGUGACAAGAGCCUGUCCUUGAUUGGAGACAAUUGUCCUAAUUUGAUCCGAAUUGGCCUGAUGGGUUGCAACAGGUUCACAAGUGAAGGUUUAUUGCCGCUGUUGGAAAACUGCACCAAGCUGCAAGAAUUAGACCUGUCCUUCUGUUACAAGGCCCUGGAACCAUCUAGCUCCAACGUUCUAGAACACCUGCCACUCGCCAUCACCUCACUCUCUCUCAGCGGGCUGCCAGUGGAAGGCACUGCACUUAACAAGGCCCUGGCACGUCUACCCAAGUUGAGUGAGCUGCGGUUAUGUGGUGUCAACAAUAUAUCAGACGAGGACAUUGAAGAGAUCUUCAGCAGCAUUGGAAGUCGUCUAACGAUCCUAGACAUGAGUGGGUGUCACCAGUCUAUGACUGACCAUGCCUUGCGGUCUGUCCUAAAGUACUGCACAGAGCUGGAGAACCUGUCAAUCUCGUUCUGCGUACGUCUCACAGGAGAGGCCUUCAUCAAUUUAUUACGGGACCCCCGUAGGGCCAGGAACCUGACCAGUCUAAAACUCAAUGGCUUGAAAGAGAUUUCACACUCUAUACUGGUUGGAAUAGCUACGACCUGCCCCAACCUGGAGACUAUCUAUCUUGGAGGCUUGAAGUGUGUCGAUGAUGCCCUGCUCUCUGACAUUGCAAGCAGCUGUCCUAAACUGCGUGACAUCUCCAUUAAGAGCUCUACAGGAGUACACUCACAUCAGGUUACAGAUGCUGGCCUUCUUGACUUGAUACAGUACUGCCCUCUUCAACAUGUUGUCAUAUCUGGCAUUCAUAAGAUUACAGACAGGUGUGUCUUGGCUCUUGCCAACUCCUGUCCAGACUUGAAGAGUCUGUAUGCCUCAGGUUGCACCAUGAUCACUGCUGCAGGAAUCAGAUACCUCAAGGAUAUGUGUAAUAACAGAGUCCAUGUGGUGCAUAAGAUUCCUAACCUUGAUCCAAACCAGGUCAUGGCUAAGAACUUGGACACGGGAGAAUUUUGCCGAGUGGAUCAGAUGUACUGACGGAAGGUUGGAUAGCAAACACGACUCUCUUUUGAAAUGUUGUCAGGCUAAUGUGGAAUGUGACUGGUUACUUUGAGGGUUUCAUGAAAUCUCAUGAUUAUUAUGUCAUAUGAGCAUAUGUAUUAUAUUCUCAGUAGAUGCAGUUGGUGACUUUUAGACUUCCAGUGAAAUAUCAUUGGUCAGUUGAAGCUGCUUAGUAUGCGUAUUGGUAACCUACUAAAUCUCUAAUGAAAUUUCAUUGGUCAGUUGGUAUCAGUCUUUCAAUGGAUAUUAUUGGACAGUUUCUUCAGCUUCCAAUUAUUCAUCAUGGUCAGUUGGAGCUGUAAAAAAAUCUCAUUGGUUGUCAUCUAUGGCUCCCAUUAAACCUUAUCGGUUAGGUAUUUGAAUUGUUGUCAAAGCUUAUAGUCAGUUUCUUAGUUAUCUUCUGAAGGUAAAACUUUGUAAUCAUUUAUAUGAAAUCCUUGGAAUGGAAGAUUGUAAGUGGUCCUUUGCCACUUUGAAGGCAACUCAUUGAAAUUAGCAUUUCUGUUUGGUUUCACUUGCAUUUUCACCAGGAGAAAAAUAUUCCCAUUCCACUUCAUAAACAAAGAAAGUGCCCAUAAAAUGAAAACUUGGAAGCGCUUUGGUUGAGGAAACUUGCAUUGAAAACACUAUGGUAAGGAGUGGUCACAUCCUAUGCAUGUGUGUAAAUAUGUACAAAGGGAAAAAAAGAAUAUAUUUGUUGGUAAGAUUUGUACGUUGCCAGCCGUUAGAUAUUUUUGUCAGGUUUAGAAUUUGUAGUUGACAUUUUUCAAAAUGCUGUAUUUUUACAGUAAAAUAUUUUCUCAGUUGAUUGAGCUAUGAAAUUUGACAUUUAAUAAGUGUCUGGAAAUCUUGCAACCUUCAAUACUGCCCGAAUCUGAAAUUUCAGACUUACGAUGUAUUUUCUUGUUUGCAUGUAAACUGUGUUGUCUGCUGUACUCAUCAUUCUGCAGGUAACCUCUACCUGGCUCAUUUUCCUGUGACCAAAUUCCAUAGUAGUAAAAGUAUGCUUGAGAGAUUUAGAGAGGACUUCACAUAAUAGUUGUAGAUAGACCUUUUUCCUGUGAUGUCACAAUCUUGCUGGACCGUGAUGUGUUGUCAUGGUACUGAGUGCAAAGUGUUGUGAUGGCAAUCUUCUUAUUCAAGAUAAACUAGUCAAGCAUGUAGCGUCUGCAUGUGCACUUGCACGUGGUGGAAGCUGCCCAUAGGAAUACAUGCGAUGACUGUGGCCAAGGCAGUGCAAUCCAGUCACAUGAGUGAAAAAGGUCUAAAGUGCCGUAUGUGUGGCUCACUUGUACAUGUACUUAUGAUAGCCAAGGAAGGACACAUCACAUGUUCAAUCAGUUUGAAGCAAAUGAACAAAUAAGGAAAGAUGCCCAUGUGAGGGAAAUGCAUUUGAUGGUGGGUAAGCUGAAGCCUAGUAAGUUUGACAUGGCAUUAAGGGUUUGCAUUUUAUCGCUGCUGUUGUUCUUAAUGGGUAUUAUUUUUACAUUUUUUAUGUUUUAUAAGAACUUGUUGAAAAAUCAGUUGAACAAAGACUUGAUUAUUUUAAAUGGUCUGGUUUCAAAUUGAGCAAUGAGGGAUGAUAUUGAACAGGCCUCAAAACUGUAAGCUUUAAUACUUGUGAAAAUGUUAACAUGACAUUGAAGUGGUCAUGUUACUACUGCCAAGGUCUUUAUGUAGCUCUGCAGUUAAUCAGAUUUUCACAGAACUCGUUUCUGUUUAAUUGUGCAAUUACUAAUUUAGGAAUGCAUUUGAAAGAAAUGUGCUUCUUUCUUUAUUGUCACAAUUUUCAAUGCAAUGUAGGUACAUGCAAUAUGUAUGCAUGCUGCUGAUACCAAGUCAACUAUCUACUUUGUAACUUUGCAUUGUACAUGUACUUGUCAUUAGAGAAUUACACGAGUUAGUUUUAAUCAAAAUUGUAAUAUUUACUGACGUGUUAUAAACUGAAGCCUAAAUAGAAAUAAAGAUUGUAAAGUUGCA